UUCAAAGGCAAAAGAAAAAAGACAGCAAAGUGAUCAAAAAAGAGUGUGUGUCGCCAGCUAGUGCAAGUUUAAUUUGCUGAAAAGUUUCGAAAAACAUCCAUAAUUUUGCUUCAUAUUAGUUUCACAUCUGAUUCAGCGAGGAUUUCGGAAGCAAAACAUUGGUCCUCCACCAGUCAAAGGGCAAACGUCACAACUUCACACGUCAGCCGGAAUCUUGCUGCAAGCUUUCGGAACGCGAUCAGGUUUUGUGUGUUGAUUCUUGAAGUCCAGAGGAAAUUGGAUCAAAAUGGUCCUGAUAGCGGCCGCCGUCUGCACCAAAGCAGGGAAAACAAUCGUUUCCCGACAGUUUGUCGAAAUGACCAAGGCCCGUAUCGAGGGAUUGCUGGCCGCUUUCCCGAAGCUGAUGACCGCCGGAAAGCAGCACACGUUUGUGGAGACAGAUUCCGUGCGGUAUGUCUAUCAGCCGUUGGAGAAGCUGUACAUGCUGCUCAUUACAACCAAGGCCAGUAACAUCCUGGAGGAUUUGGAAACCUUGCGCCUGUUCUCCAAAGUGAUUCCGGAGUACUGUCGAUCCUUGGAGGAGAAGGAGAUCAUCGAGAAUGCUUUCGAUUUGAUCUUUGCAUUCGACGAAAUCGUUGCGCUGGGCUACCGGGAAAGCGUCAAUCUGGCCCAGAUUAAGACCUUCGUAGAAAUGGAUUCGCACGAGGAGAAGGUUUACCAGGCGGUACGCCAGACACAAGAGCGGGAAGCCAAGCAGAAGAGUCGCGAGCGAGCAAAGGAACUGCAGCGGCAACGGAUGGAGCAGAAGAAAAUGGGCGGCAGCGGGCGACCCUACGGCGGGGGCAGUUCCGAAGGAUUCGGAAGUAGCUCCAGUGGAGGGGGCAUCUCCAACCACUCGUCAAUCUCGGCACCGUCGAUUGGCAUCGGCGAGAUCAAACCGGCCGCUCCUGCUGCGAAACCGGCCGCUGCGAGGAACGCUCUCAAGCUGGGUGGAAAGAAUCGCGAUGCCGAUACGUUUGUCGAUCAACUGAAGAGCGAAGGAGAGAAGGUUGUGGCCAACCCUACACCGGCCGCUGUUUCUUCGGUCGCUAAGGUUAAGCCCGUUUCCGACGUUCCGAUGGAUGAAGUGCACCUUCGCAUGGAAGACAAGAUCGUGGUCCGCAUAGGACGGGACGGUGGCCUCCAAGCGUUCGAACUGUCCGGACUGUUGACGUUGCGCAUAUCAGACGAAAAAUACGGCCGAAUUAAGGUGCAGUUGCAAAAUUCUGAUCAACGAGGUAUCCAAUUGCAAACCCAUCCCAACGUCGACAAGGAGCUGUUCAAGAGCAAGGGUCAAAUCGGUUUGAAAAACCCGGCCAAGCCGUUCCCAAUGAACACGGAUGUCGGUGUGUUGAAGUGGCGCUACCAAACGCAGGAUGAAUCGGCUAUUCCUCUUACGAUUAACUGUUGGCCCUCUGAGAAUGCUGAAGGCGGUUGCGAUGUCAAUAUCGAGUACGAGCUGGAACAUACCCGACUAGAGCUUCAAGAUGUCUGCAUUAGCAUUCCAUUGCCCAUGGGAAUCAGCCCUUCGAUCGCGGAAUGUGACGGCGAGUAUAAUCACGAUUCUCGGAAGAACAUCCUACAGUGGAAUCUACCAGUCAUCGAUGCAUCCAGCAAGCAGGGAUCGAUGGAGUUCAGCGUGCCCAAUUCGAUCCCCGGUGAUUUCUUCCCACUAGACGUAACGUUCUCGUCGAAAAUCCCCUACGCCGAUCUGCGGGCGGUUAAGGUUCAGCUGGUAGAUGACGAAUCGGACGUUAAGUAUUCCACUGAAACUACGUUCUACCCGGAUAAGUAUGAGAUCGUGUAACUUGACUCUGGGCUCCAUUUCGGUGGUCUUCUGUUGCGUUCCCGGGAGCUAUUCUUUUGGUUUAGCCUUAACAUUCGUCGGUACUUUCCUUGCGGCAUUAACAAAACGUAUAUAUUUUAUGAUGAUGCAGCUCCUUUGUCCCACGGCCCCCACUCUUUUAUAAUUGCUAUUUGAACCGUACAUUUGUUAGAGUAUGAUUGAAUAUAUUAGGUUGAUGAUUUAGUACACAUAGCGAUGACCAUUCGAUUCAUCGUCAUUUAAAAGGGAAGUAGAACUUCAUGGCAUGCAUGUUGGCCACUUUGCGAAUUAUGUUAGGAAGUUUGCUAAUACAUGCUAUAAAACAAUUUAAAUAAGAAAAGAAAAAUCUAUAGUAUCCAAUUAUUUUAUCUACAUCGAUUUAAACAAACUACUGGAAAUACAUUAUGAUAAAUACA